CAGACAACACACAACACACGCAUUUCACAUGUGGAUAUUCGGAAGCUGUUGCUCGUCAAAAUUACGUUUCUACAUUUGGACACGAACAGUAAUAAUUGUGAAUUGAUAACAUAAUUUCCACAACCAGGCUGCUACAGUGAUUUCCAGCCACUAUGACAAGCCCACUCGUUGUGCUUCUUGGCGAAGUUUUAUUCAACAAACACCGGGAAAAGGUUGACGUGUCGUCGCUGGCUGGCGACGGGAAAGUCGUCGGUCUAUAUUUCUCAGCUCACUGGUGCGCCCCGUGUCGGGAAUACACGCCUAUCUUGAGUAAUUUCUACAACAGCUUCAAUGGUGAAGGUGGGGGAGGCAAAAGGUUAGAGAUUGUGUUUGUGAGCUCCGAUAAGACGGAACAGCAUUGUGAGGAGUAUUUUACACAACAUAUGCCGUGGCUUUUGCUGCCAUUUUCCGAGAGAAAUAUCAAGACAAAACUAUGUAAGAGAUUCAAAGUGACCGGUAUCCCCACAUUAGUUCUAAUCAACAGUAUGAGUGGUCAGAUGAUUACGAAUAAUGGUCGUCUACAGAUGCUUGAUGAUUUAACAGGACAACACUUUCCCUGGUACCCAAAGCCUUUCAAUGAAAUCAUUGGCGGUAAACUGUUAAAACAAGGUGAGGAAGUUCAGGCAGAGAAAGAACUCAAAGGAAAAGUGGUUGGCAUCUACUUCUCAGCUCAUUGGUGUCCUCCCUGUAAAGCGUUCACAAGAGUCUUGACCGACAUGUACAGGAGACUUCAGGGCUGUAACACGGAGUUUGAGUUUGUCUUCUGCAGUACAGAUAGAACCCAAGAAGCUUUUGAGUCUUAUUACAGCCAUAUGCCAUGGCUGGCUUUGCCUUAUGAUGACCCACGCUGUAAGGAACUCUCCAAAAUGUUUGUAAUAUCAGGUAUUCCUACUCUAGUUCUCCUUGAUGAGACGGGCAAGGUGAUCACAUUAGAAGGUAGAGCUAUGACAGCUCAAGACCCUGAGGGACUAGAUUUUCCGUGGUAUCCGACACCACUGCUGGAGCUCGAUGACUCUGCCACAACAGCCAUUAAUGAAGAGGCUUGUCUCAUUCUAUUUGCUGAUAUUGAAGGAGACGAUGAUGUGAUCCAAGCCAAGGAACUACUCUUACCUGUAGCCAGAGAGUACACUGAGAAAGCAGAGGCAUCAGAGAAAGAUUGCUCACUAAGGUUCUUCAUCGGUGGAGAUGAGGAGAUGGUGGACAACUUGCGAGAGUUCUUACGCAUCGAUGAAGACAGUCUUCCCCUCCUCCUCAUCCUAGACAUCCCAGAGCAGCGGAUGGUGCGCUGUCAAGAAAGAGAAAUCACAAGAGAUAUCAUCCGUGACUUCAUUGAGAAAUAUCUCGCCAAUCAGCUGAAAUACGAGACACUAGAAGGGCUCUGAGAUGAAAAGCCCAUCGGACGGUAUCUGAACAUUGUCUUUCUUUAAGAGAACAAACGUCCCAGAAACUCCAUGCUACCUUGGCUAGUACUGUUGCCAAUAUCCUCACUUUGAAUAAACUUAGGCGCUGUACUUUCACCGUACAGGGAUGUGAUCCCUGGCUACACUGUUGUAUGGCUUCUGACUGACGCCCUCUAACAAAAAUAUUGACAAAUUAGGGAGACUGCCGACAUAGGGUUAGAUAGCUCAGUUGGUUCAAAUCCCCCUCUACUCAUUUUCUUUGUCCAAUCCCAAAUCACUGUAAGUCAGAAAGCAGGAGUUGUAUGAGUUUUUGGAGACACCAUGUAUAACUCAGUCUAUGAGUUGUGGGGUUCUGAAAAAGAACUGGGUCCAAUUUCAUGAAUCUGCUUACUGCAGAAGUCUGCACUUGCAAUCCCCAUUCUCUGCUUACAGGGAAGAAUGCCCAGUAUACACAUCUGCACUAAGCAAAUAUUCUCUGCUAAUCUGUGAAAUACGCUUGACAUAAGCAAGGCAUUUCCCUGCUUCCAUAGGCGCAGAUAUUUCGCUUACGGUAAGCAGAGCCAUAAAAUUGGGCUCUGGUUGUGAAAUAUUCUUGAAUGUUACAAGUUGCCUUUCAAGGAUACAUUUGAUAAGCGCUAGUUAUUUUGGUGUGUGUUGAAGGAUUUGGGUACUUUUUCAAAAUGUCCACAGAUUUACAUUAAACUUACAGGGUUUGAAGAUAAUGAUAGUGGAAAGCUUGCCUUCAAACAUUACUUCUGUUUGAGGAUUAUGAUAGUAGAAAUCUUCCCUUAAAUUUUUACGAGAUGCUGUAGUUUUUGAGAAAUGAGUAAAACAAGUCACAAAAUAACUUUCGUCUCAGGAAGACGGAAUAUAUUUUAGCAUGUAAAAUCCCGUUGACCAGUUAUGUUAUUAUACCGUAAUCAUAGCAUAACUGGUUAAUAUGUUUUUACAUGCUAAAACUGAGACAAAAAUUAUUUGUUUUACCCGUUUCUCA